AUGCAAAAACCCGAGAGUGACUCUGGCGCAGCUGUUGCGCCCACGCCCACAUCGCCUUGUCAAGGUCGAGCUAUCGGCUUUCUGGACUUAUCUGGGGAACUCCGGAACUACAUAUACGAGUAUGCAGCUGAGCAGAGCAUUCUGGUGAAGCUCUCGCACAACCCUAGCCUCACUAAGAACAACAUCGACUAUAUCGCUCAAGAUCGUACGCUCCUUGGUCUCACACGAACCUGUAGACAGGUCCGCGAUGAGCUUUUGCCCAUCUACCUCACAACGACCACCAUCGCAAUUCCAUAUUACCAGGUCGAUCAGUAUAUCUCCACGUUUGUCGAUCCACAACAUGGCACCUACGACGAUGCGGUCGGUAGUAUCAUCUUGCUGAGGCCGAGGGUUUUAGCAACACGUCAUUCCGUCAAUAUACUCCCAUUGGUCAAAAUCAUCGCUCGGGCGCCACGCUUGAUUGCACGCUUUCUCAACGAGGACACCAAUGACUUCCGCCAGAACAGCUUGUUCAACUCGCUGCUCAACACCCAUCGCAACCCCCGCUGGAAUGUCUACGCAAAAAACUGCCUUUCUCAGAUCACCAUCAGCAGUUGUACGAAUGAAGGUCUAAAGACCACAAUCGUGGUCAAGAAAGAGUGGGCGGAAAGCUGGAUGGGUCCCGACUUCUAUAAGAAGACUGAGUAUCUCAACGCAGCAAUGACAUGGAGUAAACGUAUUGGUCUCAACAGGAAUAGUGGCAAGUACAGUUCGCUCCUCUAUCACUUUGGCCAUAUAGUUCCGGAAACUUCUGCGACGUCAGCGGAGCUCGACCGUGAAUGA